AUCAUUAAAUAAAUAAAUAAUAAAUUAGAAAAGUAAAAUCCUGCAUACGAUUUUCAGGAAAAAUGGCUGAAUUGAUUUUUAAACAGCAUAGAAUGGAAAAGUAUAAAAUAAAUAAAAAAAUAUGUAUUUAAUUUAAUAUAAUAUAAUACAAGUUUAUAAAUUAUAAUCAGAGAGAGAGAGAGAGAGAGAGAGAGAGAUGGCGACGACGGGAGGCGGCGGCGGAGGUCGGAGCCCUGAAAUGAGGAAGGACACGGUCACGAAUCGGUGGGUGAUCUUCUCUCCUGCUCGAGCUCGCCGGCCGUCCGACUUCAAAUCCAAAUCCCCCAUAACUCCCGGCUCCAACUCCGGCAACUCCCAAGAAUGCCCCUUCUGUAUCGGCCACGAGCACGAGUGCGCCCCCGAGAUCUUCCGUCUCCCUCGACAAUCCUCCGACGACUGGAAGAUUAGAGUCAUCCAAAACCUAUACCCAGCUCUCAGCAGAGACCUCGAGCACACCUUCCUCCAAAACCCUAACUCUGACCCGGUCCCCAACUCUUCCUUACCUGGCUUUGGAUUUCACGACGUUGUCAUCGAGUCUCCUCUUCACUCUGUUCAUUUGUCCGAUCUCUCGCCGUCCGAAAUCGGCGAAGUUCUUCUCGCCUAUAGGAAGAGGAUCGAGCAGCUAGUGCGCCACGAGUCCAUCAAAUACAUCCAGGUGUUUAAAAACCACGGUGCGUCAGCUGGGGCUUCAAUGAGCCAUUCUCACAGUCAGAUAAUGGCGGUUCCUAUUGUUCCUCCCACUGUUUCUGCUCGUCUUGAGAGUAUGAAGGACUACUUCACCCAAACAGGGAAGUGCAGUCUCUGCGAGGUUUGGCCGGAGGAUCUUUUGGUUGAUGAAUCAACCCAUUUCAUUUCAAUUGUUCCAUUUGCUGCCUCGUUUCCAUUUGAAAUUUGGAUUGUUCCCCGGGAUCACUGCUCGCAUUUCCAUGAACUGGAUGGACAGAAGGUAGUUGAUCUUGGGGGAUUGCUGAAACUCAUGCUUAGAAAGAUUUCUUUGCAGUUGAAUAAUCCACCAUUUAAUUUUAUGAUGCACACAUCGCCGCUUCAAAUUACGGAGUUGGAGCAUUGUUAUACUCAUUGGUUUUUACAGAUAGUGCCUCAAUUGACAGGGGUGGCAGGGUUUGAAAUUGGAACUGGGUGCUAUAUAAAUCCUGUUUUCCCAGAGGAUGCUGCAAAAGUUAUGAGGGAAGUAAAAUUUCCCUAGUAGGGGGAAGGUAAUUGCAGUUGCACCCUUCAAUACAUGUGCCACACUUAAAUAUUGAAAAAAGAAAGUAUUGUAUGAGAAAAUCUUAAUGAGGAACUACGUUAAAGCUGCAUUUUUUUUUUUACAUAGAUUAUAUGUAGCGAAAGCUGGAGCUGCUUUCUGGGCUUACCACAUUUUAACACUUUACUGGGAGUUGAGAUGUCUGCAAUCUAAUGUAUUAUUAAUUAGAUGCCCUCUCAAGGAGUUGGGAUGAUGAACCAUGAUAACCAGUGAUGAUAUUGUAGAAUAAAGUGGUGUGUGAUGAUUUCUCUC